AGCUGGGUCGAGGUUGGAAGCUCACCCCUUUGGGUGGCACUUGGGUCUCAAAUCUGGGCUGCCGUCUUUUCAGCCAACCAGCCCAGCAUCUUAAACGAUGAGCCACCAUGCCACCCAGGACAAUAACAGGAGCACCUGCCACUCCCCUCGUGCGCAGACCCAGAAAGGAAGAGCACCGGGGAGAAAGCAGAGGAGCACACCCAGAGAGAGCAUGAGUUCUGAGUUUUUUUAAAGCAAAAUGAAAAAUAUUUGGUAUCUCUGGAUCUCCAGCAUUCUCUUGCCAUGGUCUGCGGUAUCUGGACAUCCUUGUAACAUUGAUAAAAUGGGACGUGCUGCCUGCAGUGGAAAGAGCCUUCUCCAUCCUCCCAAUUUUCUUCCCAGACACAUUACCAUCCUAGAUCUGUCUUUCAAUUCCCUGACGAUGCCCAAGCAUGGACCUUUUCUGAGAAGCUUCCCUUCCUUACAUUCCCUAAACCUUUCCAGCAACAGCAUUCCUACUCUUUCCUCCUCUCUGUUCUGUAACCUGGAUGCUCUUCGCCUUUUGGAUCUAAGCAACUGUGGCAUUUCUUAUGUGCACCGAAUGAGCUUCAGAGGUUUGAAAAGCCUUCACUCUCUAUAUCUGAACAACAACAAACUUCAAUCUCUGGACCUCUCCAUUUUUCCUGCCUCUGGAAUCCUUGUCCAUCUGGAUCUGCAAGACAAUGAACUGCCCUGUGAACAUGAGCUUGUGCAAUUAAAUGUGCAAAGAAUCCACCAUAUCAAACUUCAGGGGAACCCUUCAGUGUGCAGUGAUUCCCUAACUCCUUUCCAGAAAGCAGUGCCAGAGAAAGAAGAACUCCAGACUGAAGAAAUCAGAACUUCAGAUUAUGAGACCAUGAGCCACAGAAGAAAACUUCAGUUCCUUUAUGUUGUGGCUACGAAGCAGCCAUCACCAUUAGAAAAUGAUACUAUUACCACACCUUCUACUGAAACAGCUGGGAAAAACUGGCUCUACUUUGCUGGGUUUGUGCUUUUGGCUAUCACCAUCUCCCUCUUGAUUGCAUUGAUUGCCAAAUGCAAAUUGCUCCAGAAAAAGCAUGCCAGCUAUCACCAUCAACGGUUGCCUGAUUCUCGUUCCAUUGGAAGCAGCCAUAUUGAGGAAGGAGACAUGGACAUGAUGUAUGGGAGGAACCAACCAGUAAGUGGAGCUUCUGAGUGCUAUCCAGAGGAUGAUGAUGGUUUCAUAGAAGAUAACUAUAUUGUGCCCAAUCAAGACUUGAAGAAGGAAGAAGAGGAUCUGGAGUUGGAACCUCAUUUCAAAGUUGGAAGACCCUUUUAGGAAGAGUUCCAUUUGUUAUGCACUCCAGUUUGUGCAUACAUUGUGCCUUUCAUUUUUAGGGUUUCCUGAUAUUCUCAUUAUAGUAGGAAAGUGAUAUUCUCAUUAUAAUAGGAAACUGAUAAUGAGCCCAAAGGCAAAUUUGACACUGGGCAAAGAGGUCAGCUGCAUGUCUGCAGUGGUUAGUACUUAGUAUGUUUUCCUGAAUAUUAGUCAAGUGGAAGCCUGAGUUCUCUCUUAACACACUCAACCCAUUCUCUUGCUGGUACACAUACACCCAUGUAGACUCAUACUUGAUUCAUUCUUUUGUACUUGUUUUUCUUGUAUACAUCCAUCAACUACAAUUUUUUUAGAGCUUACAUUAAAACUGAUAAAGAGAUUUCUAAAGAGUCUGUUUGGAGCACAGGAAAUAAUUUUUCAAAUGAACUGCAGCAUUUGGGAAGAGAAGUUCAUCCUUCAUGGCCUUCCCCCAAAACCGCACCUGUGCCUUGGCAUCAACGGAUGUUUUUUAAAAGCUUGAUUGCUAUGUGGGUUAGGGAAAAUCUAUUUCCAAGCAGCUGGUGGGAAGGACCUUGCCCCUGGGCAGCAUUAACCAUCUUCCAUAAACUCUAUGCAUCUCAUUGAAGACAUUUCCCUAAGCUUAUCACAGCUAGGGAGUGCUACCUGUGGGUGUGGGAAGCUUAGAGGAUUGCCACAAGAUGAUGCCAAAAAAGCAGAUCUAAAGUGAGUUUGAGAUUCUCCCUUUUUCCUGAAAACUCACCAUUUUAUUAAAAGGAAUUUGGAGCAAGUGCUUCAUUGCUGUUACUAGGCCUUUCUUUAUUGCAGGAGUCAUUUACAGCAUAAUUGGGACAUCUCGAUGACUGCAGUUUUACUCUUGUCCCUAUGGUGCCGGCCUUGCUUUAUAUUAAGGACAAUCAUUAUACUAUCUGUCCUGGUGUUGUCUAUAUAGGUAGUCCUCAACUCAUAACCAUUCAUUUUGUGAGCGUUCAAAUUUUUACAAUGGCACUGAAAAAAAGUGUCUUAUGUUCUUUGCAUUUACGACUGUCAUAGCAUCCUGACGGUCAUAGGAUCAAAAUUCAGGUGCUUGGCAAUCAGCAUGUAUUUAUGACAGUUGCAGCAUCCCAGGGUCAUGUGACCUCCAUUAGCGACCUUCCCAGCCAGCUUCCGCCAAGUAAAAUCAAUGGAGGAAGCCAGAUUUGCUUAAUGGUUCACUGAAUCGUUUAAGGACCAUGACAAACAAGGUUCUAAAAUUGGGUGUGACUCAUCUAACAACCGCCUUGCCUCGCAAUGGAAAUUGUGGCCUCAAUUGUGGUCGUAAGUUGAAGACUACCUGUACCACACAAUAUCCAUCAGUUGCAAAAAACCAAGGAGAGUGAAUAGAGUUAGGAUGAUCAUGCCAAAGCCAUUCAAAAGCUGCUCUGUGCUAACAAUUACUAUUACAAUAACUUCAAUGUUUUUGUUUGAUGAUAUACAGAAACAAGCAAAAUUCCCCUUGUUCCCACUGUUGGCCACAUGUUAGAACACUGUACUAGACAUUAAACAACAAAGAGAAUGAUGCAACUACAGCAAGACCAAGUAUCUAACACCCUAAAAUUACCAAGUUUGUCUUCUGACAGCCACAAUCUGUGGAGUGACAUAGAGGUGUUUGUCUUGUUAUCUAAUCACAUUGCAAAGUAAUAGUAACUGAUAGUAGAUUUGUUAGGUGUGUAAAGAGUGUGGGAAUUCUGCAACAUUCACUGUACAUUAUUUUCUCAUUGUGUAUGCAGCACUUAUGUCUGAGUAAGUUUUCCCAUGCAUGGUUGGUAAGGUCUAAUUAAGUCUCAUCAAUUUCUUUAUGAAGAAAAAUCUGAUAUAAUACAUUUGUACAAAAAACUGCAGUAACUUUCUCAUUAGUUUCUCUUUACACUUACCACAGGUUGUGCAAUUUUGUUUGACUUCCUUUUAUUUCCAACAAUCUUAAUCUUUAAUUCUUUAAAAUAUUGCUAUAAUUUCUCUUCAUUUCUUCUUUGGCCCAUUCCAUAGAGUUCUUCAAAGCUCUAACAAGCCUCUUUUGUAAAUCCAAUAAGAAAAAAUUAUCCAAGUCACACCUCUGGUUUCUCAUUUGUACUUCCUUUUUUAAAUUUUAAAACUUCAGCUAGUUUCUUUGUAGAUCCAAUGAAACAUCCUUUUAUAAGCCAUUCUCCUGUCCUGUCAAUUGUAUAUCCACUUGCAAAACCAUUUCUAUCUUGUCAGAUAAAAUUUGUUCUACAUCUUUUAUUUUUUCAAUAACAUCCUUUAAACAGUCUAUCCAUACAAGUAAAUAUUAUUACUGACAUUAUUGAUAUUGCUAUUAUUUUCUGAUUCCAUUCUUCAAAGGUUUCAUUCAGUAUUGUUGUUAUAUUUUGCAACAUUUUAUAACAGUGGUUCUCAACCUGUGGGUCGGGACCCCAUUUGGGGUCGAAUGACCAUUUCACGGGGGUCGCCAAACAAGGCUGUCCGCCAUUUUUUCCCUUUUUCUUUGGCCACGCCCCUGGCACCCGGUGAUGUAUAAGUGGUUGGGGGUCACCACAACAUGGGAAACUGUAUUAUGGGGUCGCGGCAUUAGAAAGGUUGAGAACCACUGUUUUAUAAGCUUGUUAAUCUUUCCUCUUUAGUUCCCUCUAGUGUCCAGUUUUUGAACUCAUGAAAUUGCUUAUCUGUUUAUUUCAGAUACUUUAAAUUAUUAUUAAUUAUUGUUUGUGGUGGCCUAGUGACGAAGACACUCACCUCCCACUUGGAAGGUUGAGAUUUCAAUCCAGAUGUUUUUCUCCUAGAGCACAAAAAAUAAAUAAAUUCUGAUAUGGCGUCAGGAAGGGUAUCCGGUCAGUAAAGCUCAGCUUCAUCCAGUUGCCCUGAAUCACCUGAAUUAAGGGAUUACAGGGUCGUAAAAAGGAAGUUUAUUAUUUAAGGUAAACAAUGCCUCAAAGUUCUUUGAAGAAUUUCAUCUAUCGGAACCAUGACAUUAUUUACUAAAUUUGUUUGUUACCUGCCUCGUCACGAGGAGAUUAUGGGCAGCUUACAACAUUAAAUUCUUAAGGUUAUGAUUAAAAAGAAUUUUGUUCGAGUCUAAAGGUAGAGUCAUUAGCAUUUUCCCACUUGUCAUUCUGAAAGUUGUAAUAACUUAAAAAUAGUUAAUGACCAAUUCCUGAAAGUGAGAAAGUGAGGCUUGCAAAUUUAAUAUCCUUUAAAAGUCUUUGUCGUGGUUGUGAGAAAGAUGGCUAAUCCCUCCAUCUCAUGGCACUCAUCCCAUAGGAAAAUCACGGUCCUGUGUUCUCCUUGUAAGAAGCAGCUGUUAGGAAGAUAUGAGGGUAAUCUCCCAUCCUCUCCUUAUCUAGAGAUGUUCCAAGGAAUUGGCCUAUUUAUCCAUUCCUUGGUCUUUGCUGCAAUUGUCAACAACAUUUUUGCACAGCCAUCUUCAGAUUGCCAUAUCUCCCCUGGAAAUCCAAAUUACAUACAGUAGUAUUAUAUUCUGUCUCCUUUGAAAAUAGUUUCUUCCCCAUACCAUGAAACAGAAGGAAGCAAUAAUUCAUAAGACCCCAAACCCAUAAAGUCUAAAUCUUACUGAAGACCAGAUUAAAUAUAGUUAUCUUAUUUGCUAUUUGAUUUCCUGCAAUGGUCAUUACAAUAUUUUGUCCAUGAAAUGUAUGGGGUUUUGGGUUCAGAUGAGGCAGGACAAUUGUUUUUGAAUAUGCAAAUGAUUAGAUGCUGAUUGUAGCAAGAGUAAUUUCUCAUUUAGGAAGUAUGAAAUCACUUAUUUGAUACAGCUACUUAGUACAUGAAUAGGAAUGUACAGAAAUCUCAGAGGGUGAGACUAAUUACAUAAAUAUAUACCUAGGUAUUUAAGCACAUGUAGAAAUUGUGGUCUAGGACUCACCUCAGUAAUUUCACAUGGUUGGACCAAUCAAAUUCCUCACUCAAGGUAUUGCCUCAAAGCAUGUCAUCAAGCAGAAUAAUCUUUCCCUCUGGAACACAUUCUUUCAGUGUUGCACAAUUUUCCUCUAACUCAUCUCUAGUUCUUCCAUUAUUAUGAUUCACUGGAACAUAACAUACAACUAUCACCAUUCUGUGGAUUCCUCUUUUCACAUGCAUCCACAACAAUCCAGAUGAUAAAUGUUCAUACUUUCUGAUAUAGAUUUUAGUUCUUUCAUUCAUCAUUAAAUUUACACUUUCACUUACCAGGAAUGUUCAUCAAUUCCACAAGAACAGACCAUCUUCACUCAGUUUUAUUACAUUCUAUCCCUUUGUCUUAGAUUUUUUUUAAUACAAAAGAUAUAUUUUUACAAUAUAUCUAUUUUUCUUAUAUGUGCUAAUUCACGCUCCUUACUAUUUACUCCUCUUACAUUGCAAGCCACAGCCUUCCAUAUGCCAAACUUGUUAUGCUGUCAUAAGGAUAUUGACCUCUGCCAUCUAUCAUUGCUUUUGGCCAAGUGUUCAUAUAAAACUUGUAGAAAAAUAGAGACAAUGAUCGACAACAUCAGCAAAUAUUGCGGGUUCAGCUGGCAAAGGAAAUCUCAGGACUGUAUUAGUUGGAAACAUGCGGAAGAGGUCUUCAUCCUGCAGUGGAUAGAAAAUGGCUAAAACGAUGAUGAUGGUGGUACUAUAUAAAAUAGUUUAUAAACCUAGCCAAAGUUAUCUUCUCUUUCAAACACUCUGAUGGAAUACUGAGCUAUAAGAUGGCAGCUUAGAGGCCUGUCCUGCCUUUCCUAAAGCCCUCUAGGACUUCAUAUCCUGCGUACCUCCAGCUUUGUAGUAGUAGCUUGUAGUUUCUCUACCCUUGUAGUUCUAGCUUCUACUAUCUUACUCCCAGGAGGCACCAAACUCUGCUGUUUGUGAGAGAUAUGACUCUCACAACAUGUGCUAUCUUUGUCACUAUUAAAAGCUUAAAAUUAAAAAAAAUUGAAGUAAUUUCUAAAAUAUACUCCUUGGCUGUAGCACAUAUAGAUCUGGGGCUAGAGGAUUCACCUCUUUCUUCUCUCUCUUGGGAGACAGACCAAUCUCCCAAGAGAUAACUAUAGACUUUACUGGGAAAUGAUUUAAAGGCCCUCUUCAUAUAUUCAUCAGUAUACCAAAUUUAACACUGAGUUACAGAGCUGUCAAUAUACAGAAUAUAGUUCCUAGUAAAUUCGUUUAAAAUAUAAUCUACAGGAAAAUUCCAUGGCCUGGUUAAACCACAAGGUGGUGCUCAUCUGCUUCAAAAUAUCAAAAAAAGCUCUGGAAGGGAUUGGAUUCAAAUGAUCAGUGAUUAAUGUACAAUAUUGUUCUGAAUAAAUAAAAAUGUGUCUUCAUA